CUGCAAUACGAGGUGCAGGUUGGCUGGCUGUAUGUGUCGUCGUCGUCAUCGUUCGUUUUUGUGGGAUCUCUUCUGCUGCUGAGGAUGUUGAUUGUAGAGGCGGAAUAGAGUGAGAAGUCCUCAUUGACUUGACUCCACAACCAGUCUCUCAAUCCCCAAGCAUCUCACUGCAAAGGAUCAUUUGGCAUUGACUAUUGACACUCACACCAUUGUUGUUCUUGCACUUUCAAACUUGUCACAAUUCCAUUGCGAAAAGUUGCAACUCAAUCUCGCCGGUUUCGCCAUACCAGAACACGAACGAUAUGGAAUAAGGACGAUAUCAGGACGAGCAUACAUAAAAAUACGUUCAAAAUAUUCAACCGAGUUAUUUUUUCAUCAAAAUUGAUUAUAGACUUGAUUGCUCGACUAAUAUUUGCGAAACCUUGAGCAGAGUUGACAAUUUACGCGUAAAUCCAUCAUUCUACCAAGAAAGCCAGCAUUUAGAGAGAAGCUGACGACACAUGCUACGUUUUUGCAGUGUAACUGUUAAAACAAGACAUUUUUCCCACUCCAUAAAACUGCGAGAAAUUCAUAAUUGUUUGAAGAAGGUUCGUAUAUCCGGUUGUUUAAAUCAGUGGUGACGACACGUUGUCUCGUCGCUGUCAGUAAAGUGAUCCGCACCCUUUAAACAAACUGCUAAAUAAUCUCGUCUCAUUUCCCGACGCUCUGAGCACGGUGGAAUCGUGUGCGUAUUCCAUUUGAAUGUGCAUGUCUCUGGAAUUUUCGACACUCCUGCUCAAAAAAAUGAGUCAAGUUCAGUUCAUUUAAACUGCAAAGUGAAAGUAUAAUAUUUCUGAGAAAUUUCUGUUCGAGUGAGGAAGUGAGAUUAGCGUGUAAAAGUGCAAAUGGCAUAUUUACGUCAACCAGAAACAUGUACUGACUGGAAUGACGACGUGUGAGUUGUUGUUCUAGUGCAAUUAACUAAACAUCAGAAAUAAGUACAUGACAGUUACAUUUUGAACCCUCUCUUGUGCAUCGACACAUAAGCCCAAAGAGAAACUAGGAAAGAAACAAACAGUCUCACUUUCCCCACCCAACGCGAACCCAAAUAUCAUAGCUGAAUGGUGUAACGUUCAGUAAAAAUGAGAUUAUUAGCACAAAAUUUCGGCAAUUCGUAUGAAAACAUUGCAAGGCGUCCAUCCGGUACGACCGAGAAUAUUUCGUCUUUUUCUCAUUGGUCUAAAAAGCAGACGAGGAAGAACUACUUUUCAAUGAUGGAUUUAAAAUCGUUUCUGUGCAGAUGAUCGCGUUGGAAGAAAAUCAAAAUACUAGACAAGACUGGACUGACUCGAUGAACACAAGGUUCAAAUCAUUAUUAUGAUCCUCGGUCUCCGAAGUGGUCAAAAAUUGCUGUUUAUCGCCAUUUUCAUAAGAAAUCGUGUCCUCGAGGCUUAGCUACAGCACUGUUUAUUUUAUCAAACUCUGUCUUUGAAGAUGGGAGUGAAUCCAACCGUCUCAGUUUUGAUAGUAAUCAUUGGUUUCGCCUUGGUCAUCAUCGUGGGGUCCAUGGUCCCACCCUCCUCCGCCAGGAUUCCCAAGGGCAGAGGUCGAGGCAGCAAAUGGUGGGGCAUUGGGAAGAUCGGGGAGCCCAACAAUCUCAUCGUCAACUCGAUCCGGGGUGGAGGCAUCGGGGGCUACAGCCUCGACCCUCCGGUCCAAGCCGUCCUUCGCAAGAAACAACAGCGUGUCGUCAAAGAAAAUCGCGGCGUGGUGCAGGCGAUUGCCAAGGGAGCGAGUGACGCUGUGGUCGAGUGCAAACACCAGUUCCGCAAUCGGAGGUGGAACUGCCCCACAAAGUCCUUCUGGAAUGGCAAGAACAUUUUCGGGAAAAUCGUAGAAAAAGGUUGUCGUGAAACGUCCUUCAUUUACGCCCUGACCAGCGCGGCGGUGACCCACGCGGUGGUUCGCGCCUGCAGCGAAGGUUCCAUCGAGUCCUGCACCUGCGACUACCGCCUUCACAACAAGUACAGCAGAUCCAUGACCCCCGACCAAAACUGGAAGUGGGGAUCUUGCUCGGACAACAUUGAGUUUGGCUACAAGUUCACCAGGGACUUUGUGGACGCUGGGGAGAAGGCGAGGGACAUGCGUGGAACCAUGAACCUCCACAAUAAUGAGGCAGGACGAUUGCAUGUGCAGACCCUAAUGCGUCGACAUUGCAAGUGUCAUGGUAUGAGUGGUAGCUGCACCAUGAAAACGUGCUGGAUGCGACUCCCCCACUUCCGCGAGGUGGGCAACUCUCUCAAGGACCGAUUCGACGGAGCCUCGAGGGUGCUGAUGAGCAACGCCGGGAGUCUGCGGGACAUUGGGCGAGGGGGACGGUCUCGCUACAAGUUCCAGCUCAAACCCUACAAUCCCGACCACAAACCGCCCAGCAAGAAGGACUUGGUCUUUUUCGAAGACUCGCCCAAUUUCUGCAUGCGUGACCAGCGGUACGGCGUCUCUGGGACGGUGGGUCGCGCCUGCAACGUGUCCUCCAUGGGUGUGGACGGGUGUGACCUCAUGUGCUGCGGAAGAGGCUACACCGUCACCGUUAAACAAGUCGUGGAACGUUGCAAGUGCACAUUCGAAUGGUGCUGCAACGUCCAGUGCAAAAACUGCACGGUGACGAGGACAAUGUACAUGUGCAAAUAGUUGGUUAUGCAGUUGUGACAUUUUGAAACAUUUUUUUGCAAUUUAUUGUGUAAAGUGCACGUCUAUAUAGUGAGACGACAGGCUAGAUUUUCAAACUAAAAAAUGGUCUAUACCACAAACCAACCAACCAACAAUCAACGCCACCACCACCACCACGAUUAUUGCGUGGAAGACUAUAAAGCUUCGAAAGUUGCAGCGAGUGGUUGGAUGGGCGAGGAAGAAGAAAGGGAACGACGAUAAAAAAGAAGAAACAAACGUGCUUGACCUGCAACUGACACAAACCCAAAGUCAUUAUUAUUUCGUUAUUGGUUUAUUUAUUAUAUUUUUAAUAUCAGUAUUGUUCAUUAGCGGUUGUGUUUUCAAAUGAAUUUGGUUCUAUUUUGUAUACACUUUGUAAAUGGCUGGAGCCGUUUUUUGGCCAUUUUACUCUUUUUUAAAUAGCUCUGACAACAAUUUGCUUAAAUGUUAUUACACCAAUUUCCUCUAAGACUGCUGCUCAUACAUGUCGGAUUAAUGUGUAUAUUGAUCCACCACGAAAGUGCCCAUUGUCAAUCCUCCAUUAUUUUGUAGUAAAAGAAGUGUAUCCCUAAUUGUACACCUCAAGUGUUCACAUAGUUGUAAACUCUCAGCUUAUACAUUUCUGCUCGUCCUCCUCUCUCUUCCACCUCCUUCAAACAAUGGCCAAAGUUACGCUUAAGAAUUGUAUUUAAACCCAUCGUUUGCAUCCUCUUAAUUUCAUAGCCGACCAUCCUUCACAAAAUUACACACACUCGACCACUAGACUACAAAUAAGCUUAAAAACACUGCGCUCUCAACUUUAGUAGCCGUAUAAUCUUGACGAUCUUCUCAAGUUGAGACCUUUCUCUCGCAGUCAGAGCCCUUCUCAUUUUGCAGAGAUUUUACCCAUGUAAAUAAUCAUGUAAUUAAUAUAGUCGGUCGUCAUUUUGUCUAAAAAUGUAGGUUUAGAGAUAGAGUUUUAAAGUCAAUAGUUUUAUAGUCUCUCGAUCCCCCCCCCCACCACCCAGCAGCAAAAUAGUGCAGAUUGUGUACCGUCGUCGAUUACCUCUGCCCCCUUGUAAAGAUUUUCAGCGGAAACAAAAGUGAAAGCGUUCUACAUUUUUUACCACUUUCAGAGUUUUAUCAAAAUUGAAAUAUUAUGGUAACAAGGAAGAGUCACUCGUCGUUUGCGAGAUAGGCAGGCAGGCAUUGUGUAGGCAGACAUCAACAUGCUCGAAGAAGAACUCAUCCAGAGCAGCGAUGAGGCCGAGGAAGGAAUAAGAAGUAGUAAUAAUAACUGAUGAACAAGCAGACUGCGUGUGGGCCGAGUUAUAAAUUAUUGGAAUUAGAAUAAGCAACGUUUAAAGUAAUUGUUACAAAUGCUGGUCUCAAACUUACGCAGGGACCGACCGACGGGUAUCAAAAGUAUAUUUAUUACACUCGCCAUCACAACAGCAGAAUGGAAUGGAUAUCUGUGUGUGAGUGAAUCUCGUGCCCAUCUACACUAAAUUAUUGCUAAAUCUUGUUAAAUUUAUACCCUAAUGAUCACUUUAGCUUUGUAAUGAUGAUGAAACCCAUGUAAAAAUAGCAAAAUGCAACACGCAGUAUUUGUUGGUACUAUUAUGACUUGUAAUAAAAGACACACAAAUAACGUGAAAAACA